AUGUCUCCGGAUUUGACUGUAGAUGGAGAAGUGGUUUUAUAUAAUAAUGAGCAGGAGUUCUAUUUCAUGGAAUCAACAAUAAAGGGAUUGGAAAAAUCAAAUGAAGACCAAAAACAAACGAAACUCAUUAAUGUACCGGCAGAUAAGGCUAAAACUGUGAAAUUCCUCAUAUAUCCCAUACAAGCUGGUGAAAUAACUCUGAGAGUUAUAGCCUCAAGUUCUUUGUAUUCAGAUGCUGUUUUACAGAAACUUAAAGUCGAACCAGAAGGUGUACCCAACCAACUAACUCAGGCUUUAUACCUAAGUAUUCCCCAAGGAGAGGAAAUAUCCUCAUCAUUUAGCAUAGAAGAGCCAGUAGAUAGUGUACCCGAUUCUGAGUAUAUUACCUUUUCUGUAGGUGGCCAUUAUUUAGUGCCCACAUUGGAGAAUUUCCAAGAUCUAAUACAAAUGCCCACUGGUUGUGGUGAGCAAAAUAUGGUGAAUUUUGCUCCCAGUGUCUUAAUUUUACAAUAUCUUAAAGCAAAUGGCAAGUUGUCCCAAGAGAAGGGUUUGGUGGAAAGUCUACGCUCCUCGAUGGAAGUUGCCUACCAACAACAGCUGUCAUUUCGUCAUAAGAAUGGUGGUUAUAGCGUCUUUGGCAUGGAAACCGAUGAGGAGCCCAGUACUUGGCUGACCGCCUAUGUGGUGCGUUACUUUAUAAAAGCAACUCAAUUCUUGGAGAUCGAGGAGAACAUAAUUGAAUCAGCUUUGGAGUAUUUGGUCGGUCAGCAAAAAUCAAAUGGGGAGUUUAAUUUUACGGGUUAUUUAUUAAAUCCAAAUCAUAAAAAUGAAUAUGGACUAACAGCCUUUAUACUGCUUGCAUUUUUGGAGAACGAAAAAUAUGCCACAAAAUAUCAAACCACCCUGCAAAAUGGAGUGGAAUUUUUAAAUACAAAUUUAAAUAAGAUCAAUGAUAUUUAUACAUUAUCAUUGAUAGCAACUGCUAUAAAACGUGCUAAGCAUCCAAAUGCCUCCAAUCUUAUAAAUCAGUUAAAAAAGCAUGGUAAAGAGGAGAAUGGUCUCAAGUGGUGGUCAGGAAAUGAUCGGAAUCUAGCCAACGAUAUAGAAAUUACAGCAUAUGCUGCAAUAACUCUGUUGGAUACACCAGGAGAUCACACUCCUAUCUUAAAAUGGCUGAUAGAACAACGUAAUGCUAAUGGAGGCUUUACAUCAUCAUACGACACUGUAGUGGGCAUGGAGGCUUUAGUGAAAUUUUCGGAAAUAUAUAAAGAUUCAAGAAAUGUAAAUUUAAAAAUUUCCUAUAGUGCCACGGAUAAGGAGGGCUUUGAGGUGACAAAUGAUGCAUUUUAUGUGAACUCGAAUAAUUAUUUGGAUAUGCAAAAACAUGAGUUACCACCAACAACACGACAUAUUAUUUUCGAAAUUGAGGGCAAUGGGGCCUCAUUGAUGCAACUCUAUCAACAAUAUAACAUUGUGAAUAAGCAAGAAUUUCGCCAUUUUAAUAUUCAACCCAAAACCAUAUUUAAAAAUGACGAAGAAAUUAAUUUGCAAGUUUGUUUCACCUACCAAACAGAUUACGAUACUCUAAACGAAAUCACCAAUAUGGUGAUAAUGGAAGCAAAUUUACCCUCUGGAUUCAGAUCUAAUGCAGAGAAUAGUACGCAUUUAAAGGAAAACAAUCUUGUGCGUAAAAUUGAAACGAAAAAUUCUGAAUCUACAAUUGUUUUAUAUUUAGAUAAAUUGGAGCCGAAUAAUAAUCACUGCCUAGACAUUCCGGCAGAUAAAACUAAUGAAAUAUUAAUGCCAAGACCGGCAGCCAUUAUAAUGUACGAUUAUUACAAUUUGAGUCGUUCGAAUACAGAAUUUUAUAGUUUAUAAA